AUGGGGAAGAACUGCAGGCUUGCGGGUGGCUUCACACACGACGAGUUGCUGAAGAUAUGGAAGGGGCUCUUCUACUGCAUGUGGAUGCAGGACAAGCCGCUCUUGCAGGAAGAACUGGGAAAGACCAUUGCCCAGCUCAUUCAUGCAUUUCAGACCACUGAGGCACGGCACCUGUUCUUACAGGCCUUUUGGCAGACUAUGAACCGAGAGUGGGCCGGCAUCGACAGACUGCGCCUGGACAAGUUCUACAUGCUCAUGCGGAUGGUCCUGAACGAGUCCUUCAAGGCUGUGAAGAGCGGAGGAUGGGAAGAGCGACUGGUUGAGCAGCUGCUAGAUCUGCUGACCACCGAGAUCCUGCACCCGGACAGCGAGGCCCCCAAUGGGGUGAAGAGCCACUUCCUGGAGAUCUUCCUGGAGGAGCUGAGCAAAGUGGGCGCUGCAGAGCUCACCGCGGACCAGAACCUGCAGCUCAUCGACCCCUUCUGCAGGAUUGCUGCCUGCACGCAGGACUCCCUGGUCUUGCAUAACAUCACCCGGGGCAUCUUGGAGGCGAUCGUGGAGCAGGCCCCGCUGGCCAUCGAAGACCUGAUGAGCGAGUUGGAUGCGCAGAGCAGAGAGGAUGAGGGCUCGGCUGGUGAUGACGACGAUGAUGAUGAUGACGAUGAUGAUGGUGCCGAGGCUGAGCGUGGACAGGACGCGCCAUCCGGGAGCCUGUCUGCAGGCUCCACCCGUAGGGCUGACCCUGAGGUGGGCAAGGGGCAGACGGGAGAGGAUGGGGAGAACACUGGCCCCGUACUUCAGUUUGACUACGAGGCAGUUGCUAACAGACUGUUCGAGCUGGCCAGUCAGGAGAGCAUCCCUUCCCAGAACAGGAAGCGGCUCUACAAAGUGAUCCGGAAGUUUCAGGAGCUGGCUGGAGGCAGCUUCCCUGAGGACGACGUCCCGGAGAGAGCCUACAAGAAGCUACUAGAAGGGAGGCGUAAGCGGAAGCAGAAGAAGAAGAAGAAGAAGAGUUUGCCUCUGUCACCCCAGGAGGGAGGGGAAGGAGAGGAGGAGGCUCUGAGUCCUGACCCAGGCAUGGAGACCAAGAGGAAGAGGAGCAGGAAGAGGAGCAGGCCUGCAGAGCAGGCAGAGACUGGCCGCCAGAGAGGGGCUCACGGGAAAAGGAGGAAGAAGCCUCAGCAGCUGCUAGGUGCCAGAGCGAAGAAGGCCGGAGCGCAGCAGCCAGAGGGGAAGCGGACGCGGAUACCGGAAGGCAAGGAGUGACCAGGCCACCCGGCCAGUCCUGGACAAGCUGGAGCC